UGAAGCUUUUAGUUGCACAAGAGGAAGACAAGUUUCUUAACUUCUGCUCUUUUUUGAAUGCAAUACCGUACUGUUCAGAGAAAUCUGGAGAUGUCUGUGCUCAAGAUCACUUCCCUCAUUAUCAUCAGCUCAGUGUUACUACAUACACAGUCAGCUGACUAUUUGUACUUUGCCACGUUGCCUCACAGAGCAACAGCUCUGACAGGCUCUUGUGUGCAGAUACCUUGCACAUUCAAUAUCUCUCAUUUUGAGGACAAACUGCAGAAGACAACAUUUAUUUAUGGAAGCUGGCUGAAAAAUAUAUCACAGUUUGCUCACAAAGACAGUUUUAUCGCUUUUAAUAGCAGUCACAACAUCGUUAAAGGAUUCAGUGACAUACAGAUGAUUGGAAAUCUUUCUGAGGGUAACUGCACCACUGUCUUCAAUGACAUCAUGAAGAAUCAUUCAGACCUCUAUUUCUUCAGACUGGAAAUGGAGCCAGAUGUGUUCAAAGCAACAUUUAACACCAAUCAUGAUUAUUCAAUUAAGUCACACAAGACUGUGAGGAUCAAUGUCACAGAUUCACCACAGCCUCCUGAACUUACACCCAAUGAUCUACAGGAAGUGAUGGAGAACACAACAGUCAAUGUAAGCUGCUCUGCUGAAGCCCCCUGUCCCAAACAACCUCCUAAAUUAUCCUGGUCAAACAUCCCCAAAUCUGCCAUCAUUACAACACAGUUACAGGAGAAACCUGAUAAAACCCAGUCAGUGUUUUCACAAAUCACCUUUAAACCUUCAUACAUGGAUGACAGAAAGAACAUCUCCUGCACUGUUACAUAUCCAAGAAAUACAUCUAAUGACACAACUGUGGAGACCACCAUGAUGCUACAAGUUCUGUAUCCGCCAAAAGAAACUCAUGUCAUCAUUGAGCCAUCUGCUUCAGUCUCUUUUGGCACUAAUGUAACUUUGACCUGCAAAAGCAAAGCCAGUCCAUCAAAUGAUAUGAACUACACCUGGUACAAACAUGGACAGGACUCACCUCUAGCUGGGGGAAAGAAGAUUUCCUUUACUGUAUCUCAGAAUAUAGAAGGAUUGUACUUCUGCACAGCAGAGAAUAAACAUUGCAAACAGUCAUCAGCAGAUGUCCAGGUCGCAGUUAAACGUCAGAAUGGAUCAUAUAAACUUGUGAUUUAUGGUGGAAUAGGAGUUUUGGCUUUGCUUCUGUUAUCUGCAGUAUUUUUUUAUUGUAUGAGGACUAAGAUAUUGGGUCAGGGAAAUGUCAGAGGAGGAGAUCAGGCUGUGGAUUCAAACACUGACAUGGCAGCUAUCUAUUCUAACACCACACUCACGAUCACCAAGAAGAGUGAGAUUUCUGAAAAAAAAAACAAUGAGCUCCACUAUGGAGAGAUUGACUUCUCCAAACUCCAGACAGACCACAUGACAAAGAAAGAGAAUAUCAAAGACCCAGAGACAGAGUAUGCUGAGGUUCAUGUGUCAGAGAGAUAGAAGCAAAUCAACAGUGUUCAGCAACUGGACGAACUUUAUGCUCAGGUCAAGAAAAAGUGAUUUUUGCUACUGUUAAAUCUAUUUUCUGUGUGGGGGUGACACUUGUCAGCUUUUCAAAAAUGCCAUACUAACAUUUCUAAUGUGUGGUGUCACAUUUGAUAAAAAAAAAAAAUAAUAAUGUCCAGUUGUGAAUGAAUGAACUCUCUGACAUGCGAUAAUGACCUGGAUGAAUGAAAACCUUCACAGACAUUCUGACCUAAUAUUUACUAAAGGGAGAACUUGGUUUGAUAUAAAACUUUGGAUUUGGAUCUGUAUACACUUAUAUAUACCAGAGUGAUGUACAUUUUGGAAUAAACCUUUUUCACAGACCGUGAUGACACAUUUCCACCUUAUUUAGCAGCGUAAAUCUAGCUUUUUUAUAUUUUAACUUUGAAAAUUAUUUAGUAAAUUUAUACUAUUUUUCUUUGAAAAAACUCAAAACUGCUUGAGGGGUGAAAUGUUGUUCUGUGUUGUCGAAUACGCUGUUGUCAGCGCGCUCAGAGCAGUUCACGUUAGAAGCCACCGGGGUCAGGACAGGUCAGUUUUUCAAGUAGGGUUCGGGUUUGUAGUUUAUGAAAUAAUAUACAGGCCUUCCGAACUUGCUUCGCCCAUGUGCUCUCACAUUCUCUUUGUUUUAUAUUUGAACAUCACUGUAAACAGGGUGAUUUAUUUUGAAAGUUUACACAUUGCUUUCACAACGGAAGUACAUAGACUGCAUUUAACACUUGGGGGAAUGGGUUCUUGUUAGAGUUUGCAGCAGCUGCUGACAGACCUCCUUUAAGUUUUAAUGUAUUAGCUAACUUAAAUGUCUGGUGUUAGUUUUAAUUCAUUUACAUUAUAUACUGUAGCUAGUUUUGCACACAAAUAAUGGAAAUUUGUUCAUGACAGUGGUUGAAAAUUUCUUGCCCAUCAAUUACUAUUAUAAAUAUUAGUUCAUAUUAAUCUAUAAAUUCAUUCUGCGAAUUAGAAUCAUGUAAAUAUGCUUGAGAACAUCUUGCAUGAAUAAAUCAGGAAAUCCUGACCCUUAUUUCUCACAAGUGAUAUUUAAAUUUAUUGUUAUAUUUCAUCUCAAGCAUACUCUUCACUGACACUUUUGUCUGUUUUGUUAAACUAACUUGACAAAAAGUUAAUUCCAUUUAAAGUUAAUUUUCAAAAAGGGAAGAUAAUUCCCUCUCUUAUGAGUAUUGAUAUUGUCAGAUGUGUAGGGUUAUGGUAAUAAUCAAUGUAGUUUAUAAAUAAAUAAUUUGCUGUUUUUACAGAGAUCUCAUUUAUAUAUGUACAUACUGUAUAUAUUUAACUUUUAUGAAUGCGCUUCUGUUUUCUC